CUGGGUACGGACUCGCGCCCCAAAAACUGCAAACACACACAGAGGAAGAAAAAAAGAAUCGCACUCAACACCAUACAGAUUCCGUGCCGUUGCGUUCCGUCGUGGUGCUUCUUGGUGCGAGGGUGCAGAAGACAUUUGUUGCGUCCCGCGAGCGAAAAGGCGGAUCACUCGCGAUCGUGCGGAUCACUAACAGGCCCCCACAAUAGUAGCCCUCCAUUUGCGACGACCGUGGAACAAUCGACGGUGCGUCACGCAGAACGACGGUGGUGUGGUGUACCGUCUGCCAGUGUACCGUCGUGUGCACGGCUUGCAAGUGUUUUGUUUGUGCCCCAGUGCUGUGUGAUUGUGUAGUGGUGCCGCCAGGCGCACAAGUGUCGCUGCCCUUACGGGCGGGCGUGUUAAUAGUGUCCUUUACAAAUUCGGCUUAAAAAAGCGCUUCCACCUGUGGGGUGGCAAGGAGGAGUAAAUGCAUGUUGUGCACAUUGAAGCACAGCGCAGCGUACGACCAUGUGCAGUCAAGUGUCACCAAAUCCACUCAGCAGUAUUUUUUUGUUAGGAAAAUGAAUUCCUAUUUGUGAGCAAAGCAAAGGAGAUGUAACAAAAAAAGUAUACAUAGUUGCGUUCUUCAUACACCAGUCCGUGCGCGUGCGAGUGUGUGGGUGUGUGCGGCACUGUUUCGAGUGGUUCUACGGGUAACUAUGACGAUAGUUGCGUGCGGCAGAAAUGAAACACUUCCGUUUCAACCGAUCCGGUGCUGCUCCGCGCCUAUAUAAUAGCUGUACCGCAAUGCAUGUGUGAGUGUGUGUCCGAUCUGCUGCUGCCUACUACAACUAAAUCCUAAACGCGUGAAAAUUGCCUCCAGUGGGUAGUCGCCUUUUUGCGGAUACAAAGCAUCCUUUGUGUGUAGGUGUGUGUGUGUGUGCGCCCGCGCGCGUGUGUGUGUGAAGUGAAAGGGGCGUGUAGGGUGCAUCCCGGUGCAAGCAGGCAAUAAAAAAAGGAUGUAAAAACGGGAGUGACGUGUGCCAAAAACCACACCGUCCAGAGGGUGAUUGCAAUAUUAAGUUGUGUGUGAGGAGAGCGGUGUGCCGCUACAGCGUUUAAUAAAGGCGUCUGAAAUGUGAUGGAGCAAUAACCUCGAAAUUGUACUUCCUGUGUAUGCGCGUCUGUGUGUGUUGGUUAGGGUGCAAUAAAAGAGCCGUUGGGAUAGUGCCGGGUUUUAGAGAGUCAAAUAAGCCGUCCUCCCUUAAAGAACCGCUCAAACAAAGGGGUCAUCUUGGUGCAACACUGUAGACUGGCAGGUGUGUCUGUGGAUGCUUAUGAAUAGAAUAGCAGGAGUGCCGCCGUAUCACCAACACGACCGGGAGGGAAAGAUGUACAACGGAGCGUUGGAAUGUUGUGUCGCGGAGUGUGCGCGAGCAAGCGAUUAAGAAAACAUGACAUCAGCUGCUCUAUCGGCGAGCAGACAGCACUAAAGAGAGAGAGAGGGAGAGCGAGAGAGUGAAAACGUAGAGGUUAAAAUUCUAAUCUGUCAAACGGCACAAGCAAUCAAAGCAACCCAAACAAGAAGCAGCCAAAAGGCAAGGGCGGCCAUCAGUUUCUGUUUCCAAAUUUUAGGUGCAAACAAAAGUAUGGAUCCGUUCGGCGAAAUGCAGUGCAAUAUCGGAGGGGGGAGCAAUCUGCAGUCCAGCACCGCCUCCCCGCCCGAAAGCAACCGGACGGCGGAUGGCGCGUCCGCAGUCAAAUCGGACACAACAACACCGACCAGCCCGAACGAUCCGGAUCACCAGCAGGAGAAGACAGACUGUACGCCGGAAAACUCGAAGAAAAGCGACAGCUCACCGGAAGCGGCCGGUGGCCCCGGUACGGGCGGAUUCGAGCGGCCAGCGGCGACCGUGGCGAAAAGCUUUUCCCUGCACGAAAUGCUCAAAGCGGGCCGCAGCGCUAGCGAAGAGCCGAGCGGCGGAAAGCCGAUGGUCGACAACGCGGCCGAACAGAACGGCGCACUCGUUGCGGACUCGGUGCGGAAUGCGUUCGCGUUCACGAUCGACUUUGGCGACGGGAAGAAGCCGGUCGACGCGCAGCGGCACGAAAAGAUGCUGGAACGGUUCCAGGCGCGCCACAAGCGGGGCGUAUCGCUGUCGAAGCUCGAGUCCUGCUCGAACUCCCCGGCCGGGUCGGGCCGGGCGCAGCAGGGUGCGCGGGCACCGGGCAGUGUGAAUCUGCCCCGGCGCAACAACAAACAGGCCCAGCAAACGGCGGACGCCCCGGACCAGAUGGUUGUGAUCGACGAUGUGACGGGCCGGCCGGUGGCGGUGAAGCUGCGCGAGAAGACGCAGCGCACGGUCGGCCGGGGGGACGGUUCCGCCACCAAGCGGCACAGCUGGAGCCCCCGGACAAGCAUGAGCGAGAUGGGAGGUGGUGUGAAGGCAGCGCAGCCGACCGGACGGUCCAACAAUGCCGCCAACCGGUUCGCCCCGAAAUCGGCCACCCUUGCGUUGGCCCUCGAGCAGCAGCAGCAACAGGUGGGAGGAGGGCUGGAGGGGAAGGACUACUCGUACUCCAGCUCGGAGUUUACGGUGGAAAGUCUGGGCUCGUGUCAUGGGGGCAUUCCGUGUCUGGAGGCACCGCUUGAAAACUUCCGCAAGUCGCGCGGCGGCGGAGAGGACGGGGAGGAGGAAGACGACGAUGUGAGCGAGGCGGGCACGUACACGAUCGACGGGGCGAACUACACCGAGGAGCAGAAGGAGCGCAUGAACAUUGACCGUAUUGGGCCGGCUGGGCACGUGGCGACCCUACCGCCGGAGGUGGUCGAUCCCGUGCCGGUAGUGCAGCCGGCGCCCGUACGGCCCACCGACUUUCGGGAGGAGCUGGAGGUGAUUGAUCUCGAGCGAACGACGAGCAGCGGCAAGCAGGUGGAGGGGGUCGCGCCGGAAAGCCGCAAGCACAACAUACUGGAAGUUUCCUACUUUCACGAGCCGGCGGCACCCAAGGGGACGGGCGGUGGCACCGGGGAGCGCACCAAAAGCAAACAGUCCUACAUCGAGAAGCUCAAGUCGAGGAUGAAAAACAUUACGCAUAAAACGGGCGGCAGCAGCGGCGGCGGCGGCUCAACGAGGAAGGGAAUGGAAUCGAUCGGCCUUACCGCGCCGGAACUGGACUCGCCGGACCAGGGCACCUUUACCUCCGUGACGACGAGCGGCAUUCUGAGCGUGAAGCCGACGCUGCUCGAGGGCGGUGGUGGUAAUGCAGUGCCGGGCGGACAGCGACGGCGCAACAGCUUAACCAAAUCGCACAUUGACAGCUCGGAGUACGUGCAGGGUGUGGCGAAGCUGAACAUACACGCCACCAGAGCGGAGUGCGGGGACGAUGGCGGGGCGGAAAGGUCGAAAGGAAUGGACGUCCACCCACCGGACGAGGAGCGGAAGAUACUGAACUGCUACACCGACUCGGAGAAGGCACACCACCACCAAGGCGGCGGUGCCCACCAGCGCUUGCAGGCCGCCAAAAAGGGAGACGCCAGCCCGGUCGGCGGCAGGCGGAAAACACCGUCCGACGUGGCGGCCCUGACCUCGGUCGCGACGAAGAAAGACUGGAUCCAGGAGUGGGCGAAGAAUGCGCGCGAGUACUCGAAAACGACCAGCCCGAAGGUGCAUCCGCACGAUCCGCCGCCGGCCACGACCGCGUACGGUACUGCGGCCGGCUCAAUGACCCGCAGCUACGGGGGUGAGGGCAGCGAGGGGGAGGAGCUGGGCGCAGCAACCACCAGGCGCAGCCGAAGCAAUCAGUUCGGGUACGAUUUCGACAUCGAUCUGACCAAGAGCGAUUACUACGAGGCGAAGCGGUACGAAGAGUUCGGCGACAAUCUGGACCACCGGCAGCACUACCGGGGGGUGGUGCGCGGCGGACAACAUUCGACCGGCGGCGGUGGCAGUGAUCCGCUCGUGUUCCGCGCCCAGCAGCAGCACCAGCAACAGCAGCAGCAGCUUCAGCAGCUGCUUGCGACGACCUCGCCGGAGGAGGACCCGUUCCGGGAACCGCUGCCGUACGGUAUGAACGAGUUCGCCCGCACCGGUUCGCGCGGUUCCAUGCGCCGGUACGGUCACAAUCAGCAUCCGUCACCCGUGACACCGUCGGCCGCCUCGAAGCCGCCCAUGAGCCCGAGCAAGAUCCCGUCCCCGAUUGGAUCGAUCGGGCGGGCCCGGAGCGUCAGCCGCAAUCGCAGCCUGCAGGGAAGCAAUUCGGAUCUUUCCGGUAACGAAACGGAGAUGUAUCUGCAGAAAACGGCCGCCGCAAUUUCGACAUUGCAAAACCUGCAGCGGCGCAAUUCGCUGCGCAACAGCUCCUCCCAUCACUCGUCCAGCCCGCUCAGCCCGGCCUCGCGCAAGAUGUCUCCGAAGGUGUCACCGAUGAACUCGCUCCACUCGCCCAUCCAUUCCCCGGGGCUGCACAGUAACAACUACGCGGACAUGGGUUCACCGCUGUACUCACCUUCCCAUCAUCAUCAUCAGCAGCGCAGUAACUUGCAUCACCAUCAGCUGCACCAGAACGUUGGCGGUGGGCACGGGCACAAGCGCAACCACUCGCUGGAUGGUGGGGCGGAUCCACUGUCCUCUCCGACGGCCGGCUACCUGCCCAAUGGUGGUGGGGCCGGAACGGGGCAUAUGACCCGCAGCCUGAACACCAACACCACGACCACCAGCCCGAAGCUAGAUUUCACCAAGCGCCAUCAUACGCGGCACAACUCGUACGAAGGUGUGAUGUCUUCGCUGCCGCCAAAGCCGGUGAAAUGCUUCCAACAGUUUGAUCAUUCGGCUGUUACGGGGUACUACGGAGGGAAUGGUGGCGGUGAGCUGCUCAACGCGGACGGUGGUGUGGUGGACGAUUUGGAAGAUCCGGACGACUGCAGGGACUACGAUGAGGAAGAGUUCGAGGAGGACAUUGACGAUGAGGAAGAGGAGGAGGAGGAAGAUGAGGAGGAGAUGGAGCUGAAGCGAAGGCAGGCGGCACUAAUGGCGGACAGUGUGAUGCCCCGGCCGAGGGCGAUGUCGCUUGGUCCGCGGAAAACGCCCGGCAGUGUUCAGCCGCAGCAUUUGCAAACUUCCACCGGUGCCAAACAAGCGAUCGGGACGAACCAGAAGUCGGUCGCCAUGAAUCGUGUACAGAAAAUACAACCCCAAUCACAGCAGCAGCAGCAGCAGCAUCUUACAUCACCCAUAAAGCGCUCAAGUUCAUUCUCGGUGAAGCCGCUGAAACCGGCGACUCCGACAAUGUCGGCGAAGGCGGGCGGACUUACCGGUGUCAAUGGGCGCACGGUCUCCAGCGGUGGCUCGAGGAUACAGAAGUCGGCCAGCAGCACCAGCUUCAAGAAGAUGGCUGCCGGCGUGUCGGAUAGCGGGGUUCAGCCACAGCAGUAUCAUCACCAUACGGUGCAGCCACCGCACCACCGGCACCAGCUCGUGAUGGAUCCGAACUAUCCGGACGAGCUGAUGCUGUACAUCAACGACGGCGACGACGAUGGUUUGCAGAUGCGGGCAGCAGGCCGGCAGCAGGACGGAUACUCGUCCAACUCGCUGUCGGACGAGGAGGAUCCGGUGGACGAUCUGGACGACGAAGAUCUCGACGUGAAUGGGGGCAGGUUGGAGAAGGAACCGCUCACCAACACGCGCUACAACAAAACGUUCCUGAUGCGGAUGGAACAGAACAAGAAGCUGGCGGGUGGUGGUGGCGGCGGCGGUGGCGGAGGAGCAACGGGUGGUGGUGCGAAGCAAGCCGUCGGUGGUGCUGCGGCCUGCCCCAACACGCCCGAACUGCCGCGACGUGCGGUACAGAUGCGUGGUGUCGGUGGGCUCGGCAGGGAUCGAGCCUCGAUGCCGCGCGAUUCGAGCUUGAAUCGAAUGAAGCAGGAUCUGAACAUGCGCAAAUCUGCGACCGGGCGGGAGAUGCUACUCGGCGGCAAAGGACAGCAGCACUCCACCCAGUCGAUCAACUCGACCGCCUCGUCGGCGGUCGGUGCCGGCGGCAAGGUGCAGCCGAAGUAUCUCGAUAUCUCGAAAUACAAAUCCUCCAAUGCGGCCAACUUCCUGAAGAAGGACGAAUCGAAGAGCUAUCUGCUGCGGAACCAGGAGGGCGUGCGGAAGAGCCCGAGCAGUGCGUCCGUCUCGUCGGCGAUGAGCCGAACCGAUCCGACGCGCAUGAGCGCCCGCAGCGUCAAGUCUGCCAGCAGUGCGGCCAGCAAGUCGAGCGCCGGUGGCACGGGCGGUACGGGCGGUGCCGCGAAGAAGGAUCCCGUCAAGGUGGCGAAAGAGCAGGAGCUGGAGAUGUGGCGAAGGCGCGCGAGCUACGAUCCGAUGAAAGCCGCGCUGGAGGGCAAGAAGAAACAGCAGGAGGAAUCCAGACGGCAGCUUGCCGCUCAACAGCAGCAGCAGCAGCAAUCUCAACUGCAUUCGGAACGGCAAAGUAAAUCGAGUGAAAGCUCCGUGUUGAGAUCGCAGUCCUACCACAGUGGCGUCGGAAACAUAGCUGCAGGAGGCCGUUUGUAUCAAGGUAAUGUUGGCAAUAGCAGUAACGUGAACUUGCGCGGCGCAUACAACCAGACGCUCGGGGAACAGCCGGAGAGUGGUAGCGACAAUCGCUGGACGUUGACAUCGACGGAAUCGAGCGAGGAUCUGGACGGUGACGAUUAUAUCAACUGAGGACCGAGGCACGCGAGAGAACUGCGUUACCAUGCUGAUGGGAGAUGCGCCCUUGAUCAAAUGGGGAACUGACUGGAUAACUUACGAGACUAACGAGUUUACACGGUUUGGAGGUGUAAUUUGCAAAUCAUCGCAUCAUGUUCCGCUUGCUACGCUAUCCCCCUCUAUACGCUCAUUCUACACGUGUAUUAGAAUUCAGUUGUACUGGUAAAUAGUUUAGCCUGGGGAAAGGCAUCCCGGCACGAUUCUUGGUAGGAGAUAGAAGCAAAGCAACAAAGAGACAACAUUCUGAAACUGUCCAAAACAAUAGUCCACGGUAGCAUGCAAACAAAUACCCACACAUUAGUUGGUGUAUACAGCUUGUAGUCCAAAUGUCCGUAAAAGUGGAAAAUGCUUGCAAACACACAAACAUGCAAAUAAGCUUCGCUUAUACAGCGGUAGUAUCAGAUCAGGAUUUCAUUGCUGUACGUUUUAAUUGUCAAACAAUUAGUUUGGUGCAAGAUUUCAAUUAGUUUUUAAAGGCAUUCAAUUUUGUAUGUCCACUUUUAUAUCAUAUUCCCGUCCGGAUGUGAUAGAUUUUUAAAACGAGCUAAAUAUAAGCUUUCCAAACGAACAAAAAGCUUUCCACCGAUGCAUAAAAGAAACACACACACUCAGACAGAAAUAGGCAUAGUAAAGGCAUUUUACGAUGUAUUUUCGUACAGUGCGAGUUAAAAGCUAAAGUAGAUUUUGAAAGCAUAAUAUCGAUCAAUAAGAAAUAAUCACUGUUUGGUUACUACAGUAGGUGCUUACAGAAUAAGUUGGUGCAAUAGAUACAGCCGGAAAGAAGCCGGAAUGCUGCAUUGAGGUUACUAGGGAUAUAUGUUGAGUUGCUUAUAUGUAAAAAAAAUAUCUAAUGCUGAUUCAAAACCAGUGAAAGAUUGUUUCCUCUUUCACGCGUCCAAGCGUUUGCAUGCUGCUCAUGUUAGUAAUAAACGUCGCCAGCGCGUUUUAACCAUGUUUUUGUCAACUCUUUGUUGAUGGUUGAUUUCAUUACAUCUCUCUCUCUCUUUAUAUCUAAAGGUUUUAGUGAUAUAUUUUGCUAGUUAAUUGUUAGAUGCAUACGCGCUUGUGCGCUAAGCUCUCCAUGUUGUAUGCGUGCACCAUUUGCUGUAGCUUGUUAUGUACAUUUUCAUUGUCAUUUAGCUCGUAUUUGUGUUUAAAAAAAAGUGCUAUAAGCGAUAAAGAACAUCCAUCAAACAUAGUUUUACCCAUACAAGAGCUAGUGCAGUAAGGCAAAGAUAGUAAAGUCACGGUGAAUCUCUUGUGAAAAAAAUACGAGAAAACGGAA